AUGAAAUUGCACUCAGUCUUGUUAAAAACAUAUUUCGUCAACUUUUUGGCAUUUUGUGAACUUUUAAGAGACCCAGAGAAGACGACCAGCACUCCAGCCAGCACUGCCCCUCCCUCAAUCCACCUGUUGACACCAGCAACUCACCUGAGCCACACUCCCCGACAGCAGUUCACCAGGUACUCAACAGCCCACAACAACACAAACAGCUUCCCAACCAGAUACCAUUACGUCGACGCCCACAACUACAAUGACGUCAUCAUCGACUACUCGACAGAAGACGAUUCACGAAGAGCUGGAUUUGAUUGUAAGAUCACUCUGCUCUUUUUAUUCUAA